CUGGGCGAAAAUUACCGAAAAAUUCAAUGCCCACAACAUGGGGCCCCAACGGUCAGAGGUGCAGCUCAAGAAAGUUUGAGAGCGACUGAAAGUCAAGGCGAAGAAAAGCAAGGCUGACUUGAAACGGGAGGUGUUCAAAACUGGUGGUGGCGCGCCUCCACCAGACAUGACCUCAGAUUGUGAGCAAGUGCUCACACUCCUCGGGGAUGACAUUAAUGACAUCGGCAACCCCUAUGAUGAUGAUGCCUUGCCAUCUCAGCCAAAGUCGAACCACCAUGGUCGACUCAUCCGAUUUUCAAGGUCUCUUGUGAGAGCACGCUCCGACAUCUGGUGUGAGUUGGUGAGUUCCGAACCACUGGCACCAACACCAGAUGAAGAACAGGGCGGCAACAAAGUUGGGGAAACAAUUGUGCCUGCCAGCCCCGUAAGGAUGACGAGCAGGCAACGUCGAGCCGGGAGGUGGAAAGCGGGAAGACGUAGAAGUCCGGUAGAUAGUGAAGGCCAGCACAAGCAGUGA